UUCCGUCAAACGUAGCCGAAUUUUGUUUUGCAUAGCCGCUUUAUAUAUUUUUUAAAAUUUAAUAAACAACUGAAGAACGUAACAAUGGAUAAUUUAGAAGCAAAUAUCAUGGACAAGUCCAUGAGAUCUGUCUUUGUUGGAAAUAUCCCGUAUGAAGCCACUGAAGAAAAGCUCAAGGAUAUAUUUGGCGAAGUGGGCCAGGUCUUGUCUUUCAAGCUUGUGUUUGAUCGUGAAACUGGCAAACCGAAGGGAUACGGCUUCUGUGAGUAUCGUGAUCAAGAAACCGCCUUGAGUGCAAUGAGAAACUUGAACGGCUAUGAGAUUGGAGGCCGCAACUUAAGAGUGGACAAUGCUUGUACGGAGAAGUCUAGGAUGGAAAUGCAAAAUCUCUUAAAUCAGCCACCUGUGGAAAAUCCUUAUGGCGAGCCAAUUCAAGCCGAGAAGGCUCCCGAGGCUAUCAGUAAAGCUGUCGCUUCGCUGCCACCAGAACAGAUGUUCGAGCUUAUGAAGCAAAUGAAAACAACAAUUCAGAAUAAUCCGACGGAAGCUAGGCAAAUGCUACUGCAAAAUCCACAGUUAGCUUAUGCCCUUUUACAGGCACAGGUUGUUAUGAAAAUUAUUGAUCCCCAUACUGCCGCGACUUUGUUACAUCCCAUCAAUCAAGUACCAGCGACGUUGAUGCCAGGCGACAAGAAUGUUCCGGUUCAGGUGCCAAUUAACAGUCAAUUUACUCAGCCUCCGGCUCCAGUUCAGCCACCGAGGCAAGAAUUCCAGCCAGUGCCAGCACCCGUUAUGCAUCCCAACCCUCAGGCUCCAGUAUUCACAGCAGGACAAGACGUGGAUCUGCGUUCUCUGGGCGCAGCACCAGAUCCAAGAAUUGCCAGGAUGGGAGAUCAAGACAUGCGGCAGAUUCCGGGACCAUUGCAAAAUCCACUGCCGCCCCCAGUCGGUGAGACCAUUACCAAACAGUUGGACAUAAAAAUGGAUAGCUUUAUCAGGGAUCCUAGAGAGACUAGGGACCCGAGAGAUCUAAGGGACCCCAGGGCUAAUACUGCCGCCUUUCCGACUGACCCGAGACAGGUUGCAGGACGCGUUGAUCCAAGGCAGAAGAAUAUAGCUCCCCCUCAUCCACCGCAAAAUCAAAUACCACCGCAGCCCGUGAGACCCCCGGUGCAGCCUCCCGUGGUGCCCCCGCCCCAACCCGUUCAAGGACCUCCGAGACCCGCCCCGGCAACUUCCAGUCCCGGUAUUGGACCGGCUGGCGCUUCAGAUCAAGAAAAGGCUGCACUGAUAAUGCAAGUGUUGCAAUUAUCGGAUGAACAGAUAGCGAUGUUGCCUCCAGAGCAAAGGAAUAGUAUUCUCGUGCUCAAGGAGCAGAUCGCCAAGAGCGCACAUCGAACCUAGAGCGAGUGUAACAUAAUUUUUUUUUAUGAAUAAUAUGCUUUUGUGUUAGGUUGUAGUUUCUCAAUAAUGAAUAAAGUCAAUAAAAAUAUAGAUGUUU